GAUCCACGAGGGCAACCAGCGAUAACAGUGAUGCUGUGAAGUGCUGAAAAGUGGAGAUUUUUGAAUGGUGUUCGGUCGUAAAGUCUCCGGCGGAAACCAUCUGUGCUAAACUGACUCCAGACCAGCUAAGUGAGUUAGCUUUCACGUUACCCGGGAGCCUUGAAUAUCCUGCUUUGAACAGUCACUGUAUACAGACGGCUGGACAAGAAAUAUAGCCUACUGAAGGAAAAGGAGGCAUUAUGGACUGAAGAUAUGGAGUCCAGCAGCUUGAUUGGUGAAUUACUGUCUCCUGAGUCGACGGUGACCUCACUACUUUCAAGCUCAGGUCACCUGAGGAGCAGCCUGCAGGCUUCUGAACACAACGCCACCUUUGGAUAUAAACACAAGAACUAUGACUCAGCCACAGCGGCGCUGGAUGCCUACAUUGCAGACUUUGAGAGAAGUCAUCAGAACAGCGAGUCGUUAACAGGAAAACUGGUUCUGCCUCAUAGUUCCCCCUCCACACCAUGCAGACCCAGAGUGAGCACGCUCAGAAACAGAGAUGUUCUUAGGGAGCGUUUGACAGACAGGGAGCUGGACUUCCUGAACCUCCCCGUCAGCUCCCUCCAUCACCGCAGCAACCGAGACAGACUCUCAAUGACGACAGACGAGCUGCUGUCUAUCCCUUACGAUGGCUCGAUGCCCAUCACUCACACCUCCGCCUUCAUGCAAGGCCUCCUGUCCCGGUCUGGAGCCUCCCAGCCCUGCCCCUUGUCCAGACCAACACACAGAACCUGGGACAGACUCAGCAGCAGUCUUCCUGCUCCCCGACCGAACCAUCGCCACCCUCAUCCAACCAGGAUGCCAAGGAGUUCCAGGUGCAGAGAAAGACCAGAGGCAGCCAUGUUGAAUCCAAAUGUUGAUAUCCCCUCAGUCAGCUGCUAUAAGCAGUCUGCACACAGAGCGGGAAGGUCAGAGUGGGCAGAGCCAUCUUCGUCCCUCCACCUCCCUCGCUGGUUCACCAGUAACAAGACAGACAUGGACUGUUCAGGAAUCACCAGCGUGGCGGACCUAAAGUACCCAGCCUGGAUUCAAUGGUGUGAUAUCAGCGAGCCACCGCCACUCACAGAGUCAGAACUGUGGGAUGACCACGGUGUUCUUCCACCUGUAUCUCCCAGAAGAGGAGCUCCAUCCUGGGUGGCGGAGCUGGAGGAUGAAGAUCCCGACCAGACACUUGCAAAGGGUGAUAGCCAGCAGACUCUCAGAGAUCUGAGGCUUCAGUUUGCUGAAGAGAUUUCUCUACUCGCUGCAGAGAGAAACAGCUCUGACGUCAUGGAAACUCUGUUCAGAGACAACAGGAUUGAGUCUCUGAUCCAGAAGGCGGACCAGGUGUUGAACCGUCUGUCUCAGAGUUAUGGAGGAGCAGACUGUCCCGCAGAUCCAGUCAGUCCUACUGAUCAUGUUGAGGAAGCUGUCAGUCCAGUGAACACUGAGGAGCUGCUGCUCUGUUCCUCCUCACACUGUCCUCCAUUCACUAGGGAUUCAGCAGCAGUUGCAGGGGGCUCUACAGAGGCUCUGACUGACAGAAGAGCUCAGGCUUGGAGAUCUGGCCUCCAUGGAGACAGCACCUUUAAGCAGCCUGGUCCCGUGGAGGCUCUGAAACAGAUGCUGUUCAGACUGCAGGCAGUGGAGGCAGAGCUUCAGCGACAACAGCAGGCAUCAGCAGCUCCAACACUCACUGACAGGCUGCAGACAGUUGAGGUCAAACAACCGAGGCCUGAAGGUGAAGCAAAGCUGGAGAGUUUUCCAGGUGGACCGUCACUACAGAGAGCUCUGCAUCACCUGAGCCAUCUGAAGGUUUUGGUGGAAGAACCCAGAGAGAAACGCACAGAGGAAAAAGAAGAGAAGGGUGCAGAGGAGAAGGAUGAAGAUGAAGGACGGUAUUCCUCUUCUUCUGCUGACGGGCUCAUCUGCGCUCAGCAGAAACCCUCCUGACGCUAAAGGCUUGUUUACAAGAGCAAAGAGGCUUCCUGUCAGUGUUCUCACUGUCAUCUAGUUAGUGUUUCCUGUCACGUCCAGCAGCAAAAGGAAGCAGCAGAUGAUUCUGGAUGAAGUCUGCUCUGGAAUUUUAUUUUAGGUGAAAAAAUGCAAUUCAUGUAAACACUAACAGUGCAGAGGCUAAACCAGACUCAUGGGGAAAUUCAGGAAAUGUGUGUUGAAGUUAUGUUAAGUGUUAACAGUGAAGGAUGCUGUGAAACUUUGAGUGCAGUUUUUAACCACCAUAACAGAGAUGGAAAAUAACCAUUGUCCAUGAAAGGAACAGUCUAGAACAGAGUCAAAUGAGAAUGGUUUCAAUACAUCUUUUUUACAUUUUUUUUAAAAGAUGUAACUUGUAAAUCAGACAGCUUCAAAGUUUUGAGGUUGGAUAUUUUUUGUAUUUAACGGAGCGAGGCCCCUGCUUCCAGUCCUUGUGCUAAUGCCCAGAACCUAUUUCUGCAUUGUACACGGAGCUGAAACUGUUACCCAUCUUUUCAUCUAGCUCUGUAGAAGUCACAAAAUGAGAGGCUUUAUCUUAAUGUCACAGUGUUGCUCUUUAAAUGCCAAAUGAGAAUGGAGCUCUGCAAAGUUUCAUCAGGCUCCCUCUGAGAGAAGAAAUGACCAGAAAGACAAAAUGUCAGCAUCUUACUGCAUACUUACUGCACUCAUACUGCAAGCACCUGUUCAGCUGCUGAGGAAGUGAAAGUGUCCAAUUGACAAGUGAAUGUGCCAAUAUGAAAGGGUUAUACAAUGUCUAGUUGUUUGUUACUGUACUGAAAAGCUAACAGCAAGACUCUGGACAUGGCAGGGUCACAAUGCUAGUUGGACAGCUUUAAUAUUCAUUAGCAUGUUAGCAUGUGCUAUCAAGCAAACAUGCAAAGUACUAAUUCUAAGCAUGUUGAAUGUGUUAGCAUAUUAACCUGCUUAUUUUUUUUGUUACAAUAACAUGUAACUUGCUAAAUGUUAGCAUGUUAACAUCCAAUGCCGUUUAUGACAUGCUAACUUGAGCAUUUCAAAAUAUAAUGUUAACAUGUCAUCUGUAACUGAAGCCAUAUUAAGUUAACAUUCGCAUUUGAACAUACCAGCAUUAGCAUAUUAUAAUGCUUAAUAUUACAUGUUCAUGUUAGCAUGUUACCCAUGAAUAACAGUAAAUGUUACAUGUUGUUAAAUGUCAUACAAACUUUAGCAUGUUAGCAUGUCAUAAUGCUAAAUAAUACAUGCUCAAAUGUAGCAUAUUAUACUGCUAAAAACUAGAAUGUUACAUAAGAAUUUUUAAAAAAUGAGUGUCCAGCGUACUCACAAUGAAAGUCCAUGGCUUCUUUGGCCACUGUACAGAGGAUAAUGCUGCGUUCACAUUGUACAGGAUUUACCACUUUCUGGGAUUAAUGGGUAAAGUGCUGAAUUGAAUGUACACUGUAUUUUUAUUCAUCGUUUUUUCACCAUCCAAUUAUGUGAAUAUUCACAGGCCGUAGACAUGGGAGUCUUUCCCAUGUCUACCAUCCAUCAGAUAUGAUGUGAACACAACAGAAACACUCUGUCCUCUGGACAAACCUCAACAAGUCAAGUAUUGUAUUUACUGGUGUGUUAAGAUUAUUGCAGCCUCACACUGUUGUGCCUACAGACUCUUAGCCUUGUUCCGACUUUAUGAAAUACUCAGUAUGAUUUGGAGAGGAAACAGAAAAUUAGAUUAUUGAUCUAGCAGUAUUUUUAUUCACAUUUUUGUCUUUCAGGUGAUGAAGACAGACUAUCAGGUUUUUCUCUCCUGCCUUAAAGUCGAAACCACUUAAGUGCCAUAUCAGCAUUUGGGCAGACAGAUGACCUAAACAUGAGCAGAUAUUUAUUUUGUACCAGAUGUGUGUUAAUGGUUAACACAGAGUGUUUUUAUUUCCAUGUAGCAGCCUUCUCUCUGGUUGCUCUGAGAUGAUUUGUCCUUAAACAGUUCACAAUAAAGCAUAUCUUGCUUUAUACCUUCA